AUGCGCUGGGAUUCUACAACUGACGAAAUGUUGUUUCCACAAAGAUCAAAAAUGCCUAUGAAUGACUGCCUUCUGACAAAACGGAAAAUUUUGAAAGAAUCGUCCUCUAUAUAUGACCCGCUCGGAUUACUAAGCCCAAUUACCGUGAAAGGCAAGAUACUUAGGCAGUUGCUAUGGAAACGAAAUUUUGAGUGGGACGAAGUGCUGCCAGAUGACAUCAUCAGAGAGUGGUGCAAGAUAAGAGGGGACAUAGCGAAAGCAACCGAAACGAAGUUUUGCAGACGAUACUUUCCCAAUGCCUCUUCCACAGAUGUUGCACUUCAUUACUUUAGCGACGCAAGUACAAAAGCAUACGGCGCAUGUGCAUAUCUUGUUUCCGGUAACCAGAGCACACUCAUUAUGGCAAAGAAUAGAGUAACCCCGGUAAAGCAGCUUACAAUACCGAAACUUGAACUAUGUGCAGCACUUAUAGGAUCUAGACUUUCUCAGCAUAUUACAUCGACCAUUGACUGUACAAAAAUUGUGGAUGAAUCUAUCUGGUUGAAAGAUGAUACGUCAUUUCCACAGGGUGAUUGCAAACUCAUUGUAUAUGAUAGUUGUGAAAAUGAAAGUGAAAGCAGUAACAGUGAAACAGCAGUACUAACAUCCACACAGAGUAAACUACCCAAUCCAAGUGUUCUAGAGAUUAUAGACAUUCAGAGAUUUAGCUCGUAUCGGAAACUGUUACGUGUUACAGCAUACGUUAUCCGGUUUGUUAACAACUGCCGAAAUGUGAAGAAGUCACGCGGACCUCUAGAAUCGCACGAGAUCAACACAGCAGCCAGACAGUUAAUAAAGCACGUACAGGAUAUUCAUUUCCACGAUGUGAAACAGUACCUUUCCCAGAAAGAAAAACGGUGUACCACCAUACCAAAUCUAGUGAGACAGCUCGAUCUCUUUCUGGAUGAAGACAAUUUGAUUCGUUGUGGCGGUAGAAUUUCCAAUGCUCCACUAUUAGACAGCACGAAAUUCCCGUACCUACUUCCAUCAAGAAAUAACUUUACAGAUCUGAUUGUAAUGGACGCACACAUUACACAGUUACAUUCCGGCACAGAGAGCACGGUCACCUUCAUUCGUCAAAAGUUUUGGAUUCCAAGCAUUCGUCAACAUGUUCGGAAAAUUAUUCGCUCGUGUGUCACGUGCCGCAAAGUUACAAGUAGCCCAUACCGGGUACCAGAUCCCCCACCGUUACCUAGCGACAGAGUGAAACAUGCACCACCUUUUACAGUCACAGGAAUAGACUUCACCGGAGCGUUAACUGUGAAGGCAUCAGACGGAAAUCUACAAAAGGCUUACAUUUGUCUGUUCACGUGUGCCAAUACACGGGCUAUUCAUUUAGAAAUUGUACCAAACAUGACAGUAGACUCUUUUAUUUUGGCUCUACGACGUUUCUUUAGCAGAAGACCAAUACCAAAAAUCAUUAUGUCGGACAAUGCCCUGACGUACAUCUCCACUGCCAAACUACUGAAGACAGAGAUCCUUGGGACAUACGGUAUUACAUGGAAGUUUAUCCCACAACAUGCCCCAUGGUACGGAGGCUGGUGGGAGAGGCUCAUUGGCGUUACUAAGACAUCCAUUAAGAAAGUACUCGGGAAAUCACUGGUGAGUUUGGAAGUUCUGCAAACUAUUGUUACAGAAGUAGAAUGUAUCGUCAAUGACCGCACACUCACGCACAUUUCUACAGACCCCACUGAUGAGGAACCUCUUACCCCUUCCCAUCUGCUGUAUGGGCGCAGAAUUACCUCCCCUGUUUUACCCAGACGAUCAAGAAGCCACAGCAGACGACAUUUUCCCACAAUUCUGCAGACAAACUUUACAGGUUUAAGUCUGCAAACGAUUGAACACUUUUGGUCGAGAUGGAAGCAUGAAUAUCUCACAUCUUUGCGACAGUUUCAUAAGAUGUCUGGCAAUCAUGGCGAUACUGUUACGGUUGGAGACGUAGUGCAAAUACAUGACAAUAACCUUCGGAGAAAUCGCUGGUCCCUUGGCGUCAUAGAGGACGUUGUCACUGGUAGAGAUGGUCUUAUCCGAGCAGCCCAUAUCAGAUCCAGACGAGGUGUUACCAUGCGACCCAUUGCCAAGCUGUAUCCACUCGAGUUGAAAUAA